UAUCUGAUUUGAUUCGAUUUGGUUCGACGAUGAUCUGCCCUGAUCUACUCGUAACGUCCCAGAAACCAAGUUCGCACAUUGCACACCGCACACGCGCGCUCACCACCACAGAGCCGCAUCGCAUCGUGGGAUGUCCUACCUGCCAUGCUUCCUUAGUGACUGUUGCUGGUGCUUUCCUUCCCCCCGGCUGGGCUACAUGAAUACGCGAUGCGGCGUUGUCCCUCUGGCAGGAAAAAAGCUUCUUCCAUUCGGCUGCACGCAGUCAGAUUCAACUCCAAUUGAUCCUGCUGCCACCCCCUCCAUACAAGGAACAUCUUGGGCUUCUUGCCAAGGUCUUGGGUGGCGUCGAAAAGAUAACGCCCAGUCUUGCUCACGCACGCCGUCCCGCGUCGUUCUGGAACGCUCACUUGCCAGAUCGAACCUCUUGGCCCGAUGCGCACGCAACAAGGCAGGCCGACCGAGCCUGUCGAGCCUGCGAGCCAGUGCUUCUCUGCCUAAAGAAUCGUACCCAAGUAUUGCGAAGAGGUUCUUCUUUGAACGUCGUGUACGAAGGAGCCCCUGCUCAGAUUGGUUGGCCAGGGAUAUAGUAACGCCCGAAGGAUUCUGAGACCGCUGGUUGAUGGUAAAUAUCCCCCCAAUAACCUAAAGCAGUCUGAUAGUGCCUGUGGGU